UCUCGUGUUGAUAGAGGAUUGGGAAGUCUUCCUCUCACACUAUUGCUCUCUCAGAAAUCUUGAAUGAAUCAGUAGAGAAGUCCCUUCUUGGAUGAAGAUUAUAUACGCUUCUAAAAGCUUCCAAGUUACGGUGGGCGUCGGUCAUUUCCUCUCCUACUCUCCGCUCUCCCCGUAUAGCCAGGCUGCUUACCUGUUCGUCCUCCCAUCUCCUUCCCAUUAGCAGCAAGGCCACUGCUACCAGUCUGCACUCUGCAUGCUUGCUGUACCGCCAUCACCAAGCUGUCCAAACAAAGGCAAAGGGAGCGAUCCUGGAGCCGUGGAAAGCGAGGCUGCUGCCGUCCAGGGCUCCAGGCUAAACUCUGCCCUGGCUACACUCGCAAUGACGAAGCCGCAUUCCCCUUCCUCGUGGGCCGCCUCCUCUCUCUCCUGUGUUUUCUCCUCCUCCGGCUCUUGCUACGUGCCGCCGUCGUGGUCACCGAAGCGCAGCAGCAAGAAGAAGAGGAGCAGCCGUAGGAGGGCCAAGAAUGGUGCCGCGGUCGCCACGAGGAGGACCAGCUCCAUCUACAAGGGCGUGACCAGGCACAGGGCCACCGGCAAGUACGAGGCGCACCUGUGGGACAAGAAUGCUCGGAACCGGACCGGGACAAAGAAGGGCAGGCAAGUUUAUGUGGGAGCAUUUGACAAUGAGGAGGCAGCGGCCCGUGCUUAUGAUCUCGCAGCACUCAAGUACUGUGGCUGGGGCUCACACAGCACACUCAACUUCCCACUGGAAUCUUACAGGCAUGAACACGAGAAUAUGCAGCGCAUGACAAGAGAGGCGUACCUGGCCGCUCUACGGCGCAGGAGCAGCUGCUUCUCGAGAGGCGCCUCUGGUUACAGGGGAGUGGCCAAGCACCACCACAACGGCAGGUGGGAGGCCAGGAUCGGCUACCCUUGCGGCAAGAAAUACGUCUACCUGGGGACGUUCGGGACGCAGGAGGAGGCAGCCCGGGCCUACGACCUUGCAGCUCUGGAACUGCGGGGGCACGCCGCGGUCACCAACUUCGACAUCAGCAGCUACACGGCGGACAAGGACUACCAGCAGCGACGGCAUGAACCGGCGGUCCGCACGGCCCAGCCGAAGCCCAAGCCCAAGGUCGAGCUGGUGGACGAGGCACCACUGCCCCAGGCUCGUCGUCCGGCUCCGACGUUCCUGACGCCGAAGCCCGAGCCCGAGUACGAGCUGGGCGAGCCCCUGGCGCUGCCACCCGGCCCCGUGCUCCGCGACGCCGACGACGCGGACCACGCCAUCGCCGAGAUCCUGCCGGCGCUCUGCAUGGACCCCGCCGACUUCGAGGCCCGGUACCCCGCCCGCCGCGCCCGCGCGCUCGGCUGCCCGCCGGACGACCAGCUGCGCGGCCUGGCGCUGCCGGACAGCGUGCGCUUCGAGGACGACAUCGAGACGCUGUUCGACGCGCCCGGCGAGGUCCGUGUGCAAUUCCCUCCCGCCGCCGCUGUGCCUGACGUAUCCGCAGCCGACGCGGUCUCCUACGCGGCCGCCACCAUCAGCUCGCUGGCGUCCGGGCGCUGGUGGCCUUGAGCUCGCGCGGUGUCCUGGGCGUGUGCUCCACAGGCAGCGUAAUUACGUGUCGGUUUGCUGGGGCCUUGGUUGCUGUUUUGGUUCGGUGGGAGCGAUUGAGCGUGGUUUGGCGUGUAAAUGCGGGUGAUGUGGCCGCUCUCGCUCAGGGUCCUUUCGGGGCUCCAACUUUUGUGACGAUCCACUGUGGAAGUCGUCGUAACUUGUAACUUGUCGCCAAACGGCUCGCGCACUACGCUGCCAUCCGGCUGUCCAAGUUGGAGGCCGUGGCAAUUGUGCGCACGACGUUCUGUUCUCCGUAGAUACUGAAAAACUGAACUGAAAUGACAGGUUUCUGA